AUGUCUACCACCACAGCUACACCAACUGGUGGACCAUCUGGACCACCAACACAACGCACCCCUCCCGACCCAGCAGCAAUCAAAUCCCGCAUCAUCACCCACAUGAACGCCGACCACGCCCUCUCUCUCCGCCUCUAUUUGAGCCGGUACUCACACGUCCCUGUUCCGGCAACCAAAACCGCACAAAUGCAAGACAUUACUCUCGACCACAUCAUCAUCACUCUUGGUCCAAGUUCACCAGCAUCCGGCAGAUACAGAAUCCCGCUUGAUCCACCUAUGAAGUCGUUGCUAGAAGCUCGUGAACGCCUCGUCGCAAUGCAUAACGACUGUCUGGCCGCAUUGGAUCUGAGCGAUGUGGUCGUUGAUCGGUGGGUGAAGCCGGAUAGGGUGUGGCAGUGGGGGUUGAGUUUGUUGUGCUUGGUUAUCUUUUCUACUUUUCCUUUCCGUGAGAGGUUACACCCGGGAUCGGGGUCGGUGGUGUAUAGUAUUUGGUCCCUUGGGGGAACUGUUCCAAAUCUCGCGAGGCUGUGUUAUAUUCUCCAGCCGUACGUGUUGGGAGGGAUGGUUGUUGUUCAUGUGGGUGAGGCGGUGUGGUUUGCGAAUAAGCGUUUGAGACGGCAUUGGGUUGAGACAGGCUCAUGGGUUUGGUGGGCUUGGGUGGCGGAUUGUUUGCUGGAAGGGGUGGGGUGCUUGAGUAGAUUUGAGAGGGUCUUUGGGAAUGGCGAUAAAAGUAAGAAAGGAGGUGCUGGUGGGAAGGAGGAUGGGAAGAGGCAUUGA